AUGUCUUCAUCAACAGAAGAAUUUUAUAUAUUUGUGGAAAACUGGGACAUGGAAACUCUCAUUAUUUUUUUAAAACAUCAAGAUCUGAACCUUGAAGAGAGACAUUUAGGAUUUCUUCAUAAGCAAGAAAUUAAUGGACAAGCCUUUCUUCUCUUGACUGAGGAAAAGCCUUUAGGCCCUCCUUGUAACCUCACUGUUGGUCCUGAUUUAAUUCUUGCAGAGCAGAUUAAGAUAUUAAAAGAUAAUAAGAAGAGGGCAUUUUCAUCCUUCAAGACCCAGAAUGAUUUGAAAGAAGUUUUAAAAAAUCAUGGAAUUGUCGAUGGAUACAGUAUUAUUAACAUCCCACAAUUUGAACCAGUCACCUAUAAAAUCAGAGAUGAUGAACCAGCUUUAAAAUUAUGCAUAGAUGGCAUUAUACAAAGAUUAAGAAACAUGGGACCAGUAAUUGAUAGUAAUGAAGCAAUGAGAUGUGAAUAUAUUUCAGCAAUUUUGCAUUUGGCAGUUACAAUAGUUAAAGAUUACACAAUUAAAAAGCACCUAGACAAUACAAUUGAAAAAAUUUUCUGUAUAACUGAAGGAAAGCAGUAUCAACCAGGAAUUGGAAUGGCGCAAAAUAUUAUGCAAUGCAAAAAUUCAUGUGAUACAAACAGGAGAAAAAGAAAGGCUGAGAAGGCAUUUGAAUCUGACUAUGAGUACAUCUAUGGUAUAGUUUCUACUGGGAUGGACUGGUUCUUCCUUCUUUAUACAAUGGAUGGUAUUUAUUGUACUAGUAAAACAGAAUACCAUAUUUCACUUACCAAAGCAUCUCUUAAAGAUUGUACUGCAUUAAAAAGUAAUGUUAAAAGGAUUUUGGAAGUGAUUGUUGGAUUAUUGGAGGAUUGA